AUUAAAUUAUAUUUAUUACAAAUUAACAACACAGAGUUUUGUAAGUUUAUGAUGGAUACUGGUUAUGCCAAGGAUACACCAGUGAGAGAAUUUAAGAAACAAAUUAUUGAAGAAGCAAAAGUACUAGGAAUUGACUGUGUCCUUGAAUUAGACAAAAUGAGAUUAUGGGAAAAGAAUGGAGUGUUCCUUGGUACACUAUAUCUUGAUCAUGACUGGAUUGGUGAGGCUUGGAUUGGUGGUACUACACGUAGGAUUGAUGAUACUAAUAGGGAAAUACAUGUAUAUGUGGAACCAUUGAAAGGACCAGAGAAGAAGAUGCUGCGUUAUAAGCAAGUACAGGUGUAUGUUAUAAGAUGGCGUCCAUCACAAUGUUCAGUUGAUUCAAUAGAAGAAAUUAUACUGGAUGAUGGAUAUGAUCAUGAGCAUGUUAUUGAAAAGCUGUCAGAGUUAAGUGGAGUUCCUGCUGAGUAUAUCUAUUAUUCAGAGCAUAAAAAGUUUCCAGUUGAGAUAUCAUGUCUUGAUAUUGAGAAUAAGUUUGAAUGGUAUUCCAUCAGUUCAUACAGAUUCUCAUUUGAACUAUAUGAUGAUGGAUAUGUCCUAUAUUACAAAGACAAUAGAGAGACAAUGAAAGAGUUAACAUAUGAAGAGAGAUAUGAAAUACGAAGGGCAGAGAAAGCAAGGUUAAACAGGAUAAAGGAAAUUAAAGCACUGUACAGCAUAGACUAAGAUAUUGAUUAUGACUGAGUUUUAGGUGUCAUUAUUUUUCAUUUUUGUAUUGCAAUCCCACCAAAUUUACUC